UUUGUGACACAUAAAAGACGAGAAAAACACGCCGAGGGAGGCUUGACUCCCGUGAAAAUCGUCCUGGUACAGUGAAAAGAAAGUAAAACCCUGCGAAAUGGCUGAAGAUAAUUCAUGGAAAACGACCAACUUUCGGCAGAGUGUAGUGAACAAAAUCAACGAAGCCAUCCAGCAGACGGGUAUGACUUCGUCGAAAAACGGCAUCGAGAUGGAAAAUCAUGUUUUCCACAAAGCACGAAACAAGGAUGAGUAUCUCGGCUUUGUUGCCAGGUUGAUUUUGCAUGUCCGAGAGAUGAAUAGCAAACACAAAAACCAGCAAAAUGCGGCAGCGGCUGCCGCACAGCAAGAGGGAGGUAAUGCGAGUCAACAGGGUGCUGGAGGCGGUGGUGGUGGUGGCAUGCCGGACCCGAUUAACGCUUUGCAAACGCUCGCAUCGCAAGGAACCCGGCCACAGAUGAUGGGACAGAUGGGUCCGGGUGGUCCGAUGGGCGGUCAGAUGGGCGGUGGGAAUGCGAACCCGAAUAUGCUACACACACCCCGACUGCAGAUGGCAAUGGGUGGCAUGGCCGGAAUGCAGGGAGGCAACCGUGUUGGUAUGGGCCCUGGACCCAACCAAAUGGGUGGUAUGAUGCCGAAUCAGAUGCAGGGCCCCGGUCCAGGUGCCGGCAUGGGAGGCAUGGCCGGUCAGAUGGGCGUCAUCGGACCCGGUGGUAUGAGCGGGGGCAAGAUUGUCGGCAUGGGUGGCCAACAGCAGCAGCAACAACAACAAAUGGCACAGCUGAGUGCGAUGCAGGUAAAUCAGAUGCAAGCGGCACAGCAGCAGCAACAGCAGGGAGGAAUGCCCCAGCAGCAGGGCAACAUGGGGCAAGGACCCGGUGUGCAACAGAUGGGCGUCGUACCAGGAGGUCCGAAUCAGAUGAAUCCCAUGGUGAUGGGUCAAAUUCAGGCGCAACUGCAAAACCAAAACGCUAUGGGAGGCCAACAGAUGGGAGCAGUCGGAAUUGGUGGUGGCAAUCCGAUGGGCCCGAUCGGAGGAAACACCGGCAUGAAUCCGCAAGCUAUGGGAAUGGCCUCGAAUCAGGUCAUUCGUCAGCAGAUGGUGCAGCAGGGCGUCAAUCCCAACCAAGUGCAGAUGGGUCUCGGUCCCGCGCAAAUGGGACAGCUGGGUGCAGGCGUGCAAGGGGUCGGCCCCGGCGGACCGGGUCCCAACAUCGGGCAGGUCCAGCAGCAGCAGGUUGUUGUGCAACAGCAGCAGCAGCAACAGCAAGUCCAACAACAGCAGCACCAGCAACACCAACAGUUACAGCAGCAUUUACAGCACCCUCAACAGCAACAGCAGCAGCAGCAACAGCAUCAGCCCCAGCUUCAGCAGCAGAUGCAGAACCAGCAGCAUCAGCAGCACCAACAGCAGCUGCAACAGCAGCAACAGCAUCAGAUGCAACAGCAGCAGCAGCAACAGCAGCAGCAACAACAGCAGCAGCAACAGCAACAUCAUCAGCAGCAGCAUCAACAGCAGCAAAUUCCACAGCAACACCCACAACUCCAGCAGCAUGGCCAACAACAUCCCCAGAUGCAACACGCCCAGCAUCCACAGCUUCAACAGCAGCACCAGCAGCAGCAACAGCAACAGGUGCUACUUGGAGCUAUGGGCCAAAAUGUCAGUGGUCCUGUGGGACCGAUCGGUGGGCCUAUGGGAGGACCGAUCGGCGGCCCAGGCGGUACGGGCGUCCCGUUACAGGUACAGCAAGCGCAGGCCAUGCAACAGCAACAACAGCAGCAACAGGGUGGCGGCAUGGGUCCGAACGUCGGUGUCGGUGGUCCAAACCAGAUGAACCCGGUAGCGAUGGGACCGGGACCGGGUGGUCAGAUGGUCGGUGCGCAGGGCAACUUUGUCGGCAUGGGUGGAGGUAACCCGAUGGUACGGAAACCACAGGACAUGAUGCCGGGUGGUAACGUGUAUCCUGGUGGUGGGGCUGCUGUACGCAGCGUGACGCCAAACAAUUUUCUCCGUCAAUCCCCGUCCCCAUCCGUUCCUUCACCGGUCGGGCCGGGUGCACAUGGACCUCAGUCGCACCCGGGACAAAUGAUUCCCAGUCCGGCGAUUCCUUCUCCAAAUCCUAUGCAUGGCAGUGUUCCGCAGCGAUCGAUUGGACAAUCGCCGGGCGGAUCACUCAAUACACCAGGCCAACCCGGUGGAGCGGUACCGAGUCCGCUGAAUCCCCAGGACGAGCAGCUGUACCGCGAGAAGUACCGCUCGCUGACGAAGUAUAUCGAGCCACUGAAGCGAAUGAUCGCGAAGAUGGAGAACGACGAUAUCGACAAGAUCGCGAAGAUGAAGCGUUUGUUAGAAAUUCUGUGCAAUCCGAGUGUUCGGAUUCCGCUGGAGACGCUGCACAAGUGCGAGGCAGCACUAACCAGCCAGCUUGGUUCAAUUCGAGAGACGCCGACGAACAAUCCGCUGGUAGAAGCCGUAUCAAGCAGCCUUCAGAACGCAACCGGUAACCACACGCUGCAGCGCACCUUCCGUCCCUGCUUGGAGGCUCUUUUCGGACCGGACAUAAAGAAUCUUCCGCCACCGACGAAACAACCCCGCCUGGGUGCGACCAGUAGUGGAGGACAAGAUGAUUCGAACGCUUCCGGAGGCCCCGGAUCCGGACCUGGAUCAUCCGUAACAGGCGGGACUACGAGUACCAGUGGAACAACGAGCAGCGCCAGUAACAACGCCGCGUCCGUCGGAGGCAGCGCUGGAAGCGCUAGUAACAACCAAGAAAUCCCGCAUAUCCUGCAGGGGGAAAUUGCUCGUCUUGAUCAGAAGUUUAAAGUAUCGCUCGAUCCGUGCGCGAUCACUGGCAGCAAAACGAUCAAGCUGAUCUGCUGGCUAGAUGAUAAAAGUUUACCAUGCGUACCACCAGUCGCGGUCACGAUUCCCGAUGAUUAUCCAUUCACCGCUCCCAGUUGCUCACUGAUCGAGCAAGAGUACAACGCCACCCCGUUCCUCAUCCUGGUGCAGCGCUCGUUCAUUGCGCGCAUCUGCAAACUGCCGGCACUCUUCACGCUGUCUCACCUCCUGGACACUUGGGAGAUGUCAGUACGCCAGGCUUGUUCACCGCAUCCGACUCUCGUAGCACCAACAACCACGAGUGUUCUCCUGGGAAUGUAAGACAAGCGUAAUGCGGCACAAUUUACGAACUGUUGGGUGUUUUGUAGCAUAUGUUUGUAUUCUUCAUACGAGAUAAAUAGAUAUCCUUGUGAAUUCAACAUCUCUUUUUUACGCUUUAGUAACUGCAAAGGUCAUGUCAUAAGUUAUGUGGAAG